CCCGAAGUUGCGGCUGGUCCCGGUCCCAGCGAUGGCCCGCUCCCUGGUCCCGAUCCCGAUCCCGAUCCCGAUCCCGAUCCUGAUCCGGAUCCUGAUCCUGCCCGCUGCACUGGCAGUGGAAGAAAUGCUGAUGAACACGAGACUGGAGACUGCGGACCUGAAAUGGAUGGUGUACCCGGAAACCGGGUGGGAAGAGCUGAGUGGGAUCGACGACGAGGCGAACACCGUGCGGACGUACGAGAUCUGCCAGCUCAACGUGCCCAACCAGAACAACUGGCUGCGCACCACCUACAUCCCACGGCGCGGGGCGCAGCGGGUCUACGUGGAGCUGAAGUUCACCAUGAGGGACUGUGCCUCCAUCCCUGAGGCCCGCGGCUCCUGCAAGGAGACUUUCAACCUCUACUACUUUGAGUCGGACUCAGACUCGGCCACCCGCAGCUACCCGGCCUGGAUGGAGAACCCUUACGUCAAGGUGGACACGGUGGCCGCCGACUCGGUCUUCCCCGACAAGACCCGGGGCCGCGCCAACACCAAGACCCUCCACCUGGGCCCACUCAACCGGAACGGCUUCUACCUGGCCUUCCAGGACCAAGGGGCCUGCAUGGCGCUGCUCUCCGUCCGCGUCUACUUCAAGAAGUGCCCGGCCCUGGUCUCCGACUUCGCCUCCUUCCCCGAGACGGUCACCGGCGCCGAGCCCACCUCGCUGGUCAUCGCCCCCGGCGCCUGCAUCCCCAACGCCGUGGAGGUCUCCAUCCCCCUCAAGCUGCACUGCAACGGCGACGGCGAGUGGAUGGUGCCCUUCGGGGCCUGCACCUGUGGGCCCGGAUACGAGCCAGCGGAGAAGCACACCGCCUGUAAAGCCUGCGCCCCCGGCCAUUUUAAGGCCACGCAAGGUGAGGGGCUGUGCAGCAUUUGCCCCCGGAACAGCGGUGCUUCCUCGCCAGGCGCCACCUCCUGCAGCUGCCUGCGGGGGCACUACAGAGCCAGUAACGACCAGCCGGAGAUGCAGUGCACAACCAUCCCGUCCGCCCCUCAGGAUGUGAGGGCCAGCAUCAACGAGACGACGGUGACCCUGGAGUGGGCGGAGCCGCAGAGUAAUGGCGGCCGUCAGGAUGUGUAUUACACGGUGUGGUGCCAGCAGUGUGGGGAGCCCGGCCCGUGCUCCCCGUGCGCGGACAGCGUCAGGUACACCCCGGCACAGACCAGGCUCCGUCAGCGCCGAGUCCGGGUCAGCCAACUCCGGCCUCACACCCCCUACACCUUCAGGAUCCAAGCUCACAACGGGGUGUCCGGGCAGAGCCCCCAGCCUCCACACUCCACCACCGUCAACGUCACCACCAACCAGCACGCGAGCGGAGUCCAGGUCAGUGUGAUCCAGCAGAGCAACGUGAGCGGGAACAGCAUCUCCCUCUACUGGCCGGAACCAGCUGACCUCCGAGGCCGGGUUCUCGACUACGAGGUCAAGUACUACGAGAAGGAGAGCAACGAGAGCAGCGCCUCAUCCAUCGUCAGCACCACCAACUCUGCCGUGAUCCCGGGCCUGAGGAACGGGGCGACCUACGUGGUGCAGGUCCGGGCCAGGACUGAGGAGGGCUACGGCGCGUUCAGCAGGAAAAGAGACUUCCAGACCCUGUCAGGAGGUACAGAAACCUGGAGUAGGCGCGAGGAAUUCCUCCUCAUCGGCAGCUCCGCCUCCGUCAUCUUCGUGCUCCUGGUGCUGGGUGUCCUCACUGUGUUCUGUCUCAGGAAGCAACGCAAACGAGAUCCCGACUAUUCCGAGAAGCUGCCUCCGAAUAUCACUAUUCCGGGAAUAAAAGUCUACAUUGAUCCCUUCACCUACGAGGACCCCAAUGAGGCUGUCCGAGAGUUUGCCAAGGAGAUCGAUAUCUCCUACGUGAAGAUUGAAGAGGUUAUAGGAGCUGGGGAGUUUGGUGAGGUCUGCCGGGGGCGGCUGAAGGUGCUGGGAAAGAGGGAGACGUACGUGGCCAUCAAAACGCUGAAAGGGGGCUACACAGACCGCCAGCGGCGAGACUUCCUGAGCGAGGCCAGCAUCAUGGGACAAUUCGACCAUCCCAACAUCAUCCACCUGGAGGGGGUGGUCACCAACAGCUGCCCAGUCAUGAUCAUCACCGAGUUCAUGGAGAACGGGGCACUGGACUCCUUCCUGCGGCAGAAUGACGGUCAGUUCACUGCCAUCCAGUUGGUGGGGAUGCUGAGGGGCAUCGCCUCGGGCAUGAGGUACCUGUCCGACAUGAGCUACGUUCACCGGGACCUCGCUGCCCGCAACAUCCUGGUCAACAGCAACCUGGUCUGUAAGGUCUCCGACUUCGGCCUCUCCCGCUUCCUGGAGGAGAAUUCCUCGGAUCCCACUUACACCAGCACCUUGGGCGGAAAAAUCCCAAUCCGAUGGACCGCUCCAGAAGCCAUAGCUUUCCGCAAGUUCACCACGGCCAGCGACGUGUGGAGUUACGGGAUUGUCAUGUGGGAGGUGAUGUCCUACGGAGAAAGGCCAUACUGGGAUAUGUCGAACCAGGAUGUGAUCAACGCCAUCGAGCAGGAUUACCGGUUGCCCCCGCCGACAGAGUGCCCCACCUCGCUGCACCAGCUGAUGCUGGACUGUUGGCAGAAGGAACGGAACACCAGGCCUCGGUUCGGCCUCAUCGUUGGCGCCCUGGACAAGCUGAUCCGUAACCCGGCCAGCCUGAAGAUCGUCACACGGGAACACGGAGCGCCCUCACAGCCCCUUCUGGAUCGCGGGACCCCCCACUAUACCACAUUCUCCACGGUGGGAGACUGGCUCGACGUGAUCAAGAUGGGCCGCUACGAGGAGAAUUUCGUCAACGCCGGCUUCACGACCUUCGACCUGGUCACUCAGAUCUCAGCGGAGGACCUGUUGCGGAUUGGCGUGACCCUCGCUGGGCACCAGAAGAAACUGCUAGCCAGCAUCCAGACCCUGAGGGCCCAGCUGAAACCACCAGGGCCAGGGCGCAACUGACUGAGCCGGGAGUCACGUGGAAUCCGAUAACCCAGGCAUGGAAGGCGGAGGAGGCAGAGAGAGGGAGCGAGAGAGAGAGGACGCGACUUCCUGAGCCCUUCCACCCCAACACGUCUCUCGAUCUCCUCUGGCAUCUCGGACCUUCGGGAAAAACUUUUGGGAAUUCUGUCCCGGACUUGUUUUGCACUUUUGUUUUCUUCCUGAUACUGUUGCCAUGACGGCCGUGGCACGGCACUGGGCGUAGCCCUCUCCAUCGACACCACCCCAACUCAGCCUGCACUAAUUCAACGCCGUUGGGCAUCAGCGGGAUGGCUAAAGGAGGGGGGUACAAUGGGCAGUGCCGCCCCCCGCCCCUCCCAUGAACGUCAGAGGACAAUGUAAGCCGGGUGAGGAGUUGGCAGGGGGUGGGGUGAGGGCAGACGGGGAGCUAACACGGCAAAGAGGUGACACACUCGGAUCCCGGCCUUCACAUUGAAGGCGCACUCCAGGACCGGGGAGAGGCGGACAGAACGGCAUGCUGGGUAGGCCCCUCCACUUGCCGAUCCGAGCUCUGGCUGCCUUGCGGCUCUGUCCCGUGUGUUUACAUAACGUGUUGGCCACUGCGACUAAGCUGAGCGGGGGUGUCGCCUGAGCUCCCUUUGCUGGCAGCCAGAAAGCCUGAGGCCUACUCAAGGCCUUGAAAGCCUUCCUCCUCCUCCCCCACCCUCCAACUCCUCACUUUGUUCCUCGUUCCUCACCACCCGCCUCUCAUAAAAAAACAAUUUGAAUGAGGCUACCAUUCCCCUGAGUUUGGAAGAGUGCCCACCCACCACCAAAGUGGUUGCCACUUGACUACCCUCUGGGAUUCCGGCCUAGCCAACGACGCCCUCAUCCCAUGACUGAAUGCUUUCAAUAAAACCAAACAGACCUCCGAGAAAGAGAAAGCGGUUUUAAAAGAAAUAGAGCUGGCGAAAUGGCACUUAGACGCGGCAUUGACUUGCCGGUCGUUCCCGGUGGGUCGCCCCUGGAGACGGGCCGGCGGCCAUUUUGAAAGGAGGACACGCCAACCUGAUGUUGGGGGGAAGGGGGCAGCGGGCGGGGUGGUCAC